AUGGAUUCUAGAACAGUUGGUAUAUUAGGUGGCGGACAAUUAGGGCGCAUGAUUGUUGAAGCCGCUAACAGGCUCAACAUCAAGACGGUCAUAUUGGAUGCUGAAAAUUCUCCUGCGAAGCAAAUAACCAACUCCAAUGAGCACGUCAACGGCUCCUUCUCAAAUCCUCUUGAUAUCGAAAAAUUAGCUGGAAAAUGUGAUGUAUUGACUAUUGAGAUUGAGCAUGUUGACGUUCCAACAUUGAAGAAUCUUCAGGUCAAACACCCCAAAUUGAAAAUUUACCCUUCUCCAGAAACAAUUGGGUUGAUACAAGACAAAUACAUUCAAAAAGAGCAUCUAAUCAAAAAUGGUAUCGCUGUCACGAAAAGCGUUCCUGUGGAACAACCUAGUGAAACGUCACUAUUGAAAGUUGGAAAUGAUUUCGGCUUCCCAUUUGUUCUCAAAUCGAGAACUUUAGCGUACGAUGGGAGAGGCAACUUUGUUGUUAAGAAUAAGGACACAAUUUCGGAAGCUUUGGAAGCAUUGAAGAAUCGCCCUUUGUAUGCUGAAAAAUGGGCACCAUUUACUAAAGAAUUAGCAGUCAUGAUUGUAAGAUCUGUCGAUGGUUUGGUGUUUUCAUACCCGAUUGUAGAAACCAUUCACAAAGACAAUAUUUGUGACCUAUGUUACGCACCAGCCAGAGUCCCAGAUUCCGUUCAGCUUAAGGCAAAGUUAUUGGCUGAAAACGCAAUCAAAUCUUUCCCCGGUUGCGGUAUAUUUGGUGUAGAAAUGUUCUACCUAGAAACUGGAGAAUUGCUAAUUAACGAAAUUGCUCCAAGACCCCACAACUCUGGGCAUUACACAAUUGAUGCCUGUGUUACCUCCCAAUUCGAAGCUCAUUUAAGGUCAAUCUUAGAUUUGCCGAUGCCAAAGAAUUUUACAUCUUUUUCUACCAUCACAACAAACGCCAUAAUGCUGAAUGUUCUUGGAGAUAAGCAAACGAAAGAUAAAGAACUAGAAACAUGCAAAAGAGCUUUGGCUACUCCAGGCUCGUCGGUAUAUUUAUACGGUAAAGAGUCCAAACCCAACAGAAAAGUGGGUCAUAUAAAUAUCAUAUCUUCAAGUAUGGACGAAUGUGAACAAAGACUGAAUUACAUCACAGGCAGAACCGAUAUCCCAAUCAAAAUUUCUGUUGCUCAAAAGUUGGAUUUAGAGGCAAUGACCAAACCAUUGGUUGGUAUUAUAAUGGGAUCAGACUCUGAUUUGCCAGUGAUGUCUGCCGCAUGUACGGUUUUGGAAGAUUUUGGUGUUCCAUUUGAGGUGACAAUAGUCUCCGCUCAUAGAACUCCACAUAGAAUGUCAGCAUAUGCCAUUUCAGCAGGUCAGCGCGGUAUCAAGACAAUUAUCGCAGGUGCCGGUGGUGCAGCCCAUUUACCGGGCAUGGUGGCGGCAAUGACACCACUGCCUGUCAUCGGUGUACCUGUUAAAGGUUCUUGUCUAGAUGGUGUAGAUUCUUUACAUUCAAUCGUGCAAAUGCCUAGAGGUGUUCCAGUAGCCACUGUUGCCAUUAACAAUAGUACAAAUGCCGCAUUAUUGGCCGUCAGAUUGCUUGGUGCUUAUGAUUCAAAGUAUACUACAAGAAUGGAAAAUUUUCUAUUGAAGCAAGAGGAAGAAGUUCUCGCUAAAGCACAAAAAUUAGAAACCAUCGGUUACGAAGCUUAUUUAGAAAGCAAAUAA